CCCUCAGUACCCCUCCUACGGCCGCAAAACAAUCCCAGUCUAUUGCUAAUAGUCGUUGGCCCUUCUCCAAUCUCGAUCUCAUAGCCUCCUACAUCCCAGCUAGUACGCCAAAGAAUUACGCUCUCAGAUAAAAGUCAUGUACGUACGCUUCGAGAUUCGGUAAUUCACGACUUUUUGGAUUUUCAAAAAAUCGCGCUUCUUUAUUAUAGGGCGGGAUUGUGGGACCUAAAUCCACGAGUUGAGUAACCUAAGUCGUUCCUCUCAACAUCUGUCUUCUCCUUUUUUUUCCUUUAACUCGAUCUAGUUUAGGUUGGUGAACAAAUUUGGUUCUCCAAUCAUAUAAAAUUAUUCCGCGUCGAUUUUAACAAACAAAAAGAAAUUAUUUCGCGUCCAAGAAAAGAAAAAAAGUACCCUCGUGGUCAUUUUAUGUCGACUCUUGAUUCAAAAACCCUACUAAACUGACAAUAUAGACCACGCCAAACUGACGUACGUACAAUACAUAUUGCGCGCAAUCCAUAAUAUUGAACCAUCACCAUUCAUUCACCCCUAUUUGUGUAAACCUUAUCUUUUGACAAAAAAAAGCCAAACAUAUUUUGAUCUCCAUAGUCUGACAAUAUUACUGCAGUACGUACGGAUCGAUUAGCUAGCCCUUCAAUCUUCUUUGUCUUUUCUAGUACAGAUCAAUGCGGUGUGGUCCAUACUAAACUUAUUAUGCGUCGAUGAUUUCCCCAUCUCCCUCCUCCACCCUCUCUCUCUAGCAAUAAAUCCUAGCCGUCAAAGAGCCUCCAUCACCGACCUCAAUUACCGACGCCCGUCUCCAUCACCGUCGCUAGCUCAAACCGUCUCCCCGUCAAACUUCCGACAAGCCAAUGUAAUAAACUCAGACAAACCAUCCCCAAACCCUCAUUUUCAUACAAGAACUCUCAAGUCUCACCUACCACCCGGCCAUGCCAGCACGUUCUCGUCAUGUUGAAUAACCUACCAAGUGGGAGUGAUAUAUUUCGCCGCGUGCACUUGCAGGUUUGGCUCAAGUUGCAUGGUGGUCCGCUCCGGGCAGAGAAGCUAGCGUCCAAAGAAGUUGGGAAGAUGCAUGUGAUAGGGACUAGAUACUAUAACAACACUCUUUUUGUUGUUAUUGUGACAACACUAGUCUCCAACUAAUAGAAAGCUAGCGUUGUGAUGACUUUUUAUUAGUUGAGUUGACCCAGUGUAAUUUUUUUUUUUUUUUUCUGCUCAAAUUUUUGGUCGCCGGAAUCUGGUCGCCGAUCACUGGAAUAUGCUUUUCGUCGCCGAAAUAUGCUAUUUUCUCAUUGGAAUAUGCCACCGUCACCGGAAUAUGCUUACCGGCGUCGGAAUAUGCUUACUGGCAUCGGAAUCUAGUCAUCGAGGCUGGAAUAUGCCUAUCGGCGUCGGAAUCUGCUCACUGACGGUCAUCGGAGUUCGGUCAACGGUCAACAACCACCGGAUGUUAUGGUCUUCAUUGUGAGAUUUAUGGUUUGGUUUCUCACAUUUUUGUAAGCCUUUUGUGGUUUGCUUUAUCGUGUUUGUGGUUUGGAUUGAGAAGUUUCUAGUUUGCUUUAUCGUGUUUGUGGUUUGCAUUGAGAAAUUUCUAGUUUGCUUUCAAAAUUUUUAUGUUUUGCAUUGAGGGGUUUGUGGUUUGUUUUAGGAGAUUUGUGGUGUGCAUUAGGAGGUUUCUGGUUUGUUUUUGUGGUUUGCUUUAACGUAUUUGUGGUUUGCAUUAUGAGGUUUCUGGUGUGUUUUUGAAAAUUCUGUGGUUUGCUUUGUGAGGUUUCUGGUUUGUUUUAAUACAUUUUUUGUCUGCAUUAGGACGUUUCUGGUUUGUUUUUGUGAUUUGCUUUACGGUGUUUAUGGUUUGCGUUAUGAGUUUUCUGGUGUGCUUUCAAAAUAUUUGCGGUUUGGUUUGUGGUGUUUCUGGUUUGUUUUAGGGAAUUUGUGGUAUGCAUUGGGAGGUUUCUGGUAUUCUUUUUUGUGAUAUUUUUUACCGUGUUUGUAUUUUGUAUUAUGAAGUUUCUGGUGUGGUUUAGAAAUAUUUUCUGGUUUGUUUUGUGGUGUUUCUGAUCCCUUCAAUUAUAGGUUAAAAAAUACUACUGAAAUCUUCCUCCACUUUUUCAUGUUACCCUUCCUUUCCUGUCCCUCGUAUAAACACCCCUCCACCUCCUUCCUUUUCCCCUCAGCUUGGCGUUUCCUUCCACAAAGAACAACAAGCUGAGCAAGUGCAGUUUUGACUUAUAUACAGAUUACAUGGGAGGUCAUCAAUCAAUUAGAAGAGGGAAUCUCUUGUUAAAUAUGGUCAUUUCCCUCUCUCUACAUCACCUCAGCAGGCAGGGGGAAACCAAACUGCAUGCAGUUCAUGAAUUUAGCCAUCGUGUAAUCUAACAACCCUAAUCAUCUCUAGUUCAUGAAUCUAGCAAGCGCCGCCUCUUUCAUAUAUGCUACUGUGUUCGAUGCAAGUGAUUAUCAUUAUCAGAGAAUGACGGUUGUAUAUACAGAUUUCUGAAACGGGUAGAAGCACUACAAAUAUUUCUGUCAUUAAAUUACUACAAAACCUGUAUAUUUUAUAAUAUUUUGGUUAAAUCGAGUUAAAAUGAUCCAAUCAUUAAUGUUUAUCCCAUUUGAUCAACCGGGCCAACGGGCGAAACCGCAUUGACAACUUUGAUAUUGCUUUUAGUUAGAACAUUGAAUGUGUCACCGACGAUUUUGUUUUCUAUAUUUGGAUCCAUUUGAACUUACUUGUUGGUUAUUAGUUUAAAUUUGAUAGAUUACUUAGUCUAAACAAUAAGUACAUGAGCAUAGCUUCAAAAAUCAUUAGUCGAAUUAAGUGAUCAUUAAAAUUUUACAUAUAAUGUGGUAUUCGAGGUCGGAGAAUAAGACAAUUGGAAGUCUCACUAGCUCCCUCUAGCUCUGAAAACAAACAUAAUAUUGAACAGAACUUGAAAUUAUCGUGAAUAUAUAUAAACCUGAAUUUACUGUUCUAGACCGAAAUUAUCUUAAACCGUAGCUCACAUCCCUUGAACCCAUCUCGGCGGCUAUGCAUGCCAUAUUUCCUUGCUGAUACUUAAUAAUUUGAAUUUUUUUUUUUUACGACAAGACAAGAAUCGUUAAUUACCAGUUUACCAUCCUUGUCAUUUUUCCCCCACAUGUUAUACAUUUUAAGAAUUCAUGCUCAGAUCUAAAAAGAAUUAUCAACAAAACCAACAAGUUUUUCCUCCACAUCUAACUCAAUAAAUAUCGGCAAUACCGAGUGAGUUGAGAGCCACCAAACCAAAUCAAACCAAUCUUCUUCUUCUUCUUCUUCUUCUUCUUCUUCUUCUUCUUCUUCUUCUUCUUCAAUCGACCGUUGUCAUGGCCUACAACUACCCGGUGAUCGAUCUGGCCCCUUUCAUCACCGGCGGCGAUGCUAAGAAGAAGGAGGAGGUGAUAGAGAAGCUGAGGGAAGCUUGCUCCGACUACGGCUUCUUCGUGGCGGUCAACCACGGCAUUCCGGACCAAAUCAUGGACAAAACCAUGGACGCGACCAUUGAUUUUUUCAACCUCGAUUUGGAGGAGAAACUCAACAUCACCACUCCGCCGGGAGCUCCUUUCACCGCCGGCUAUACCAAGGAGGCGGCCAAAUCGGAGCAUUGGCAGAUGUGCACCCCCGCCCCCACCAACGUUUUCCCGGCCAACCCCCCACACUUUAAGGAGACAAUGGAGGAAAUGUGGUGGAAGUUGGAUGAAGCGGCGGUGUUGGUCCAGAGCUUGUUGAACGACUGCCUGAGACUCCCGAAAGGAACGUUGGCCAAGUACAACGACGACAGGGGAACCGAUGUUCUUAUGGGAUUCCACUACCUGCCGGCGACGGAGACCGACCAGACCGCGGUCAACGCCCACAGGGACAGCGGUCUCUUUUCUUUGGUGUUCGAGAAUGAAGUUGAAGGUCUUGAGUUUCUGAAAGAUGGCGAGUGGAUUCCCAUCGAUCACAUCCCUCAUUCCCUCGUUAUCAACGUCGCUGAUGCCCUCCAGGCACUGAGCAACGACAAGAUGAAGAGCCCAACCCACAGAAUAUUGGCGCAGCCGGGGAUAAGCCGAUACGCCUUCGUGUACGCUUACUUGGUAGCAGAAGACAAAUGGGUUGAGCCGAUGCCCGAGCUGAUUGGUCAGACCAACGAGUCACCCAAGUUCAAGAAGUUCAAUAUCAAAGAGCACAUGGCGCUGAAGCACGUCUUCAAGAACCCUCCCCACUGGAACGACGUCGUCGGCGUUCAUUACCAUGCCAUUGCUCCCUCCGUCGGCGCCACCGCCGUCACCACCGACUGAUCGCUGUUGUUUGAAAUCUCAAUUAAAGUUCGAUGUUAACUCUAAGUCUUUGAUUCAGUUUGUUGGCCGUAAGAAUAAUUGUUCGCUGUUCGCCGUUAGUUGGCAAGAGUGGACUAAGUUGAGUAAUUUGAUUUUUUGAAAAAAAUAAUUAAGGGUCCGUUUGGCGGAGGGCUAAGAUCUGGUGAUUAGGGGCCCCCUUAGUCACAUGGCUAAGCGAAUCUCCACCCUUGCAUCUCAUUAAAAUCCAAGGGCUCAUAUUAAUCCAAUUUAAUGAAGGACAAUGUAGUAAUUGCAUAUUUAUUUUUAACUUUUAAUUAUAAAAGAAAUAAAAAAACAAAACCCGGCGCCGUCCCCGUCGCGUCGCCUCCCAUCUCCGUUCCGAUAAUUGCGCCGCCAGGGGAAUUCCUGGGCAACUGUGCGCCAUUAUUCCAGAGGCGGCCCAUUAUUUCCAUGGGGAAAUCUCGUAUGCGCCAUUAUGAGAGAGAGAUAUUUUGUACUGUUAGUAUGUUUUGUAUUGUUUGUCGGUUUAUUUUGUAAUGUUUGUACGCUUUUUUAUUUUGUAAUGUUUGACGGUUCUUUUUGUAAUGUUUGUGCACUUUGUUAUUUUGUAAUGUUUGUCGGUUUUUUUUUUGUAAUGUUUGUAAACUUUGUUAUUUUUGUGUAUCGUGUUUAUCAUUUUUGUCAACCAUGUUUGUAAUGUUUUUUGUCUAAAAAACACACGGGUUGACUUUGGGAAGGAGCCCCUCUAUAUAGGGAUGGAGCCUCCAAAGUCAACCCGGGUGUUUUUUCAGUUCGUAUGGAUUGUCGGUAUAGUUUGUCAUUUUUGUCCACCAUGUUCGUAAUGUUUUUUAUGUCUAAAAAACACACGGGUUGACUUUGGGAAGGAGCCCCUCUAUAUAGGGAUGGAGCCUCCAAAAUCAACUCGGGUGUUUUUUCAGUUCGUAUGGAUUGUCGGUAUAGUUUGUCAUUUUUGUCCACCAUGUUCGUACUGUUUGUAUGUCUAAAAAACACCCGGGUUGAUUUUGGGAAGGAGCCCCUCUAUAUAGGGAUGGAGCCUCCAAAGUCAACCCGGGUGUUUUUUCUUUUUGUAUGGUUUGUAUUGUUUGUCAGUCUAGUUUGUAUUGUUUGUACAGUUCAUACGUUUGUAAUGUUUGUAAAUUUGUUUGUAUGUUUUGUCACCCUAGUUUGUACUGUUCGUAUGUUUGUAUGGUUUGUACUGAUUGUAAAUCCGGUUUGUAUACUUCGUAAUUUUCCAUAAUACCCAAACUACCCCUGUCAUUAAUUAAAUAGCCCUUCCCACUUUUUAACCAUUGGAUUGAAGUGUCCAGAUCUAAUGGCUAGGAGGGGCUUAGUCAAAUGACUAAGGACUCCCCUUUAGUCAUGGGAUCCUCUCUGGCGGAUGUCAUUUAUUGUGCAAGGUGUUUUUACAAAAUGCGUGUAUGUGGUUUUAAAGGGUAAAAUGGGUAGGAUAAUGGGAUUUAUAUUUGGCAUUGGGUGCAUAUUAAUCACUAGCAUUUUAUCUCGAGUAUUUUUUUUAUUUUUUAUUCCAAGGAAGAUCUCGUAUGGUUGUCGUCUACAAGAGAGGUCCUUAGUAGUUGCAGACAAGGAGGACAAUUUUCCCGUUAUAUAGCAAUGAAAGCAAGAGUUAGGUCCCGUAGGGUCGUUUGAAAGUUGGGAUUUUAGAGAAUGUAUUUGGCCAAUACAUGUAAUCAGAAGAAUUCGUCGUUUUUUGUCUUAAAAUGAAACAAAAUACUUGUAUUUGAACAGCAGAUGGGACCACCAGAAUGAUUCAUUAUGAAUGAUUGUAAAUCACAGUUUUUAGCAGUGUUUUUGUUUGAGGGAUUGUUACUUGCUUUUUCUUCCUUAUUCAUUGAGUUACCACCAAAAUCAUUCAAUCUACAAACAAUGUAUUUUCAAAUUCAUUCAUUUAAACAAUACAUCUAAUUAUAAUACAUACAUUGAUUAAAU